AUGACGCGAUUGGUGCUGACGUGGCAUCCUGACCUUCUGGAAGCUACUGUUGCUGAUGACGAUGCUUCUGAUUACAAUGAGGCUGAUGAUGCUGAGGGAGGGGGCUCGGCCGGCCUUGCUCGUCUGCUAGUGGCCGCCCUGAAGCCCGCCCUAGCUUCUUAUUGGGCGGAGGAGCGACGCCGAGCCGCAGCCUUUACGUCCGGAAGCACCACCGAGACUCGGCGACAGGUGCGGGAGGCAGUGGAGUCUCGAGUGAAUGCCAUGCUGGGCCAGUUGGUGCUGUAUGCACACGGGGCAGCAGCUUUCAACUCGGAUGAGGAUGCAGCUACUGCUACCCUCAUCUCCCGGCACGUUCUCCGAACCUCGGCUUCCGAGCCUGUCGACCUGCUUCUGCACGCCGUGCUUCUGGACCAUGACGUCAUCACUGCCCAGGAUGACGCCAGCAGCACCAGCAGCAAUGGCGGAGGGAGCAGCGGGAGUGGGAUGCAGGCCGGGGAGCAACAAGAGAGCACUGGAGCAGAAGCAACGAACGAGGAAGGAGCAGGAGGAGGGAUGGGGCGUGAAAAGAAAGAUAAGGGAGCAGCAGCAUCAGUGCUCGGUUCAACCCCAAUCAUCUACACGCCAGCACGGCGGGCAGCGUUAGCAAAGUUGCUGCCAGGCGGCGGUCCCAGGGAGCGGGCACAGAGGAUGAUAGCAGCACUGGAGGGCAAGGAGGUGGAGGCGGUGCUGCUGCCCCUGGAGGAAGUUGCUGAGAAGGAUCUCGGCAUCCGGCUCAAGCGCCCGGAUAAGAAGGCUGAGCGUGCGCUGCUCUUCUCAAUGAAGAAGAGCCUUCAGCUACAGCUGAAGGCAGAGGAGGAUGCUGUUGCAACACUGCCCCUCAUUGUGGCUCUUCUCUUCAUGCAG